AUGGUGUUACCUCAAUCCCUGUGGCUCCUCUUUGUCUGCCUUCUGUCCUGGUGCUGUGAUGCCCAGGAGCUGGGGCUUCAGGACCCUGAUUCAGAAUCAGGCCCACUACCUUUGGUGAUCUGGAGUGAGAUAGAAAACACCAUAAGCAUGAAUGUCUUUAAAAAGAUUGUUGAAAAGGCAGUUCCUGGAAUUUAUGUCCUGCCGAUGGAGAUUGGGAAGACUAUGAUGAAGGAUGUGGAGAACAAGGUCCUGGAUGCCAGUUCCGAAGUGUGUCAGAUUCUUGCUCAGGAUCCUAGACUGCAGGAGGGCUACAUUGCUGUUGCAUUCUCCAAGAGUCUCAAGUUCCUGUAAGUAUCCUUCUUUUACAUGAUAAGACUUUCGAGAAAUCACUGUUUCUUCUAUUCACAUACAUUGACUGUAAUUAUUUAGAG